CCAGCGCCGCGGGCUGUUCUCCGCCGGAGCCGCUCCGCUGCCGAGCGCGGGGGCUGGGCCGGGGGGGCGGGCAGGUGGGCAGCACGAGCCUGGCACGGCCACCCCCGCUGUCCCCGUGGUGUCCCCGCGGUGUCCCCGCUGUGUCCUCGUGGUGUCCCCACGGCUGGGAGCAGCGGGAUCCCGUCCUGCUCCCAGCAAGGAGAGAGCUGAGGGGGGGUCUCCGCAGCCCUCCCGUGGGGCUGGGGGCGCUGGGGGGCAGCGCCCCGAGGUUCGGGGUCCUGGGGAGGGGAAACGGCCGCGGCUCAAAGCGAAUGAGGAGCCAGAGAGCCAGAAAAAACAGCGGCGGCUUCGGUGGCACCCGCGGGGCCCCCCGCGCCCUGCCCGCCCCUCCCGGGCUCGGAGCCCCCGGGAUGGGGGCACGGGAACCCCCCGGGGGAGCCAGAGCUGGGGGGACACGGGAGAGGGGUCGGGGGGGUUGGGGUGGGGGCAGAUGUGGGGUGAAGGCAGACCUGAGGGAACCCGAGUGUGGGGUGAGCCCAGAGCUGGGGGAGGUCAGAUGUGUGGGGGAUCCCGAUGUGGGGCGAGCCCAGGUGUGGGGCGAGCCCAGACACGGAAAAAAACAGAUGGGGGGGGAACACCACCCCAGAACCUGGGUGAACCCAGACCCGGGAAAAGCCGGAUCCCAGAUGUGUGCAGAUGCAGAUGUGGGGUGCCCCCAGGCCCUGGGUGCGAUGGCAGCGCUGCGGCCCCGCUCUGCCCCGGCUCCCCCCGGUCUCCCCGGCUCUCCGCGGUUCCCCCGCACCCCCCGCAUCCCCCCGCGCUGCCGUUGCCAUGGUUACGGCCAUGCAAGUCUGCCCGAGCUGCAUCCGCCGCUGCAUCCCAGCGAGCCGUGGGGGCGGGGACGGCCCCGCUGCCCCCCCCCGCCCUCCCCCACAGACCCCAAAACCGGCUGGAGACCCCUCCGGGAGCUCACCCCGAGCCCCUUCCAGCGGGACCCCCCGCGCUCACCCCGCCCUGAGAGCCGAGCGGGGGUGAGCGGGGUGGGAGCAGCACCCGACUCUGGAGGGUCCAAAACCCCUCCGUGCCCCCCAUCCCCAGGGGGUGGGAGCUCAUCGGGCACGGCUGGAACGCCUGGCAGGGCAAAACGCUCCCCAAAAACCGCGGCCCUCCCCCCGGAGCCACCCCCGAGCUCUCCGGGGGGAAUUCUGCUGCCGGCGGUGAAGCAACGCCGGGAUAAAGGGAAGGAGGGGAUUUCUGAUGGAAAGUUGCAGACAGCCCUGGCAGGGCCGGGAUUCCCCCCCCGGGUUCUGCUCCCGGCUCCCCCCUCGCAGGGACCAGCCCCUGCCCCACCCCGCCCGCGGGGAAUUUCGGUUUUCCAGGAAUUCCCGGGGGUUCAGGCAGGACCUGGGGAGAGGGAGCAGCCACGGGAGCGUUGGGGGUGUUGAUGCUGCAGGUUCCUGAUGAGGUUUUGUAAUUAAUAUUCCAUCGGGACGAGCGGGGCGGGAAGUUCGUGGCUCUCGGGGAUGAUUUCAGUGCCACAAACAACACCCCCAUCACCUAAACGCUCCUCAAAGUCCCUUCCGACCCAAACCGAGGCGGUUUUAGGCGCUCAGCAUCCCUCCGGUGCUGCCCAUGGCGACACCCAGGGUCGGUUUGGGUGUCCCUGUCUGUCAGUCCGGCCCCUUCCCCCCUCGUCCCGGGCACGCAGCGGCCUCUUCUCCCGUCAGAUGUCGCUGAAAGGGAACAAUGCCACGUAUUGUCUGUCCCCGCUCGGCGCUAUCAGCCCCGGCAGCGCAACAAAAAGCCACAUUGACUCGCGGGGAGAAAGGGGCCCUCACAUCCCGCUGCUCCCGGGGGAGGCAGCGCGGCCCCGCAGCGCCCGGCCCCGCUCCGAGCCC